CUGCGCACGGCGUAUAAACGCGUGAGCACCGUUGCACAGCGAGAGAGAACGAGCAGCGACCAGACGCUUCUAGAAACAACGUGCACCGGGAAACAGUCACCGGCAAACUCACCUCCUCACCGCAUCGACCGUUUAUCAGCGCCGUUCAGCUACUAAAAAUGGCCAAGUGGGGAGAAGGAGACCCUCGCUGGAUCGUAGAGGAAAGAGCGGACGCGACUAACGUCAACAACUGGCACUGGACCGAACGAGAUGCGACAAACUGGUCCUCAGACAAAUUGAAAUUUCUGUUGGUGGGACUGAGUGUGGAGAACGAACAGGGCACUUGUGAGGUGACGGAAGUGAGCAAGGUGGAAGGAGAGGCCUCCAUCAACAACCGCAAAGGGAAGCUUAUUUUUUUCUAUGAAUGGACCCUGAAAGCCACUUGGACUGGAACUUCAAAAUCAGGAAUCAAAUACACAGGAACACUUGAAGUUCCAAAUCUGUCUGAUGAAAAUGACAUGGAAGACCUUGAUGUUUCUGUAUCGUUGAACAAAGAUGAGCCUGAGACGCCGCUGCUCAACCUGAUGAAAACUAAAGGAGCUGACAAAGUUCGCAGAGCCCUGGACAGUUACGUGGGGUAUUUAAAAACAGAGUUCACACAGGGAAUGAUCCUGCCGACAGCCAACGGCAUGGCCGCGAUUCAGUCCACGUCACAGUCCAAAGCCAAGCUGGAUAAAACUCAGAUUUCUUCGCCGGGAAGUUCAACCGCUCCGGUCAACACCGGCGUCAAGAUCCCAACCUGCAAGCUGAGCCUGAGAGAGACUUUCCUCACCUCACCGGCCGAUCUCUACAGAGUUUUCCUCAACCAGGAGAUGGUGCAGGCGUUCACGCGAGCUUCAGCCUCGGUGGACGCAGACAAAGGAGGAAGGUUCCGUCUUUUAGACGGAAACGUUUUGGGUGAAUUCACGGAGCUGGUUCCUGAUGAGAAGAUAGUUAUGAAGUGGAGAUAUAACAACUGGCCCAGUGAACAUUACGCGAGAAUCACGAUGGUCUUCUUGGAUCGGAGCAGCGAGACCGAGCUGAGGCUGGAGUUGGUGGGUGUUCCCGAAAGCGAGGAGGAGCGGACGAGAGAGGGAUGGAAGAGAUACUACUUUGAAGCGAUUAAACAGACUUUUGGUUUCGGAACGCGGCUCUACUGAAGACGGCAAACUGUUGACGCUGUUCACAAGACGGCAGGUUUUAAAGUCAAAGCACGAGUUUAAGAAAGCAGCAAAGCCUGUCUGAGUGUAAAUGUUUUUAAUUUUCUGAACGUAUUUAAGUCUACAUCAUGUUUGUCCUUCAGUAUUUCAGUCCUCGGAGAGUAAAUGGACUGUGCCUUUGCGAUGAGAAAUGAAAUCAAUAAAACAAAGAAGAAUUUAUCAAACCACCUACACAAAUUGGCCUCGACUUCUAAAUAAAAAUGUAGUUCACUGCAAGAUUUAAAAAAAAAUAAUAAAAUGUUGCUUUUCUUUAAUUUGAGCAGUCAUGUUGCUUUAAAAACUAUAAGUAUUUUUUUUUUUAACUGCAGUUAAGAUGCUUUUCAGCACAGAUGCAUGAUCCAGACAGAAGUAACAGCAGCCACCGAAUUUAAACCUUUACUUGUCACUUCUUGCUCAGCAGUACUGUACUUUCACACCAGAUUCAUACACAUUUACAGUCCUAAUGUCAGUGUGUGUGAUCAGAGCAGCUCCACUCUCCAGCAAAUGUUGUUUCAGUGUUGGAUCAUAAAAAAACUGUUAAGUUCUUAAAGCAGGUAUCUUGCGUAGCAACAACAGAGACAUGAUUGUAAAUUUCCACUUUAAAAAAACUUUUAGAACAAAACUGCGUCUAUUUAUUCCUCAUUUCAUCCCAUCAUACUGUAAAAAAAAACUUGUUUAGUUUAUUGGAAUAAACCAGCUCCUGUAUCUGUU